CCAACGAAUUACCAGACAUGAACAACUCUCUUUUCAGGUGAAAUCCAGCACUUUUCUAUGCCAGAAUGGUAGCUGAUGGAGUCUCAAAAGUUGUAGUUAGAGUAAAUUCCCAGAUGACACAAGACAGCUUUAUUUUUGUGAAUGGACAGGAAGAAGCAGAAAAAACCCACACUUUGACUGAAUUUUUCAAAAUACAACCAAAGGCACUGGGGAUUGUCCAGAUAAUGACCGGAGCGAUGAUCUUCUUUCUUGGUGUUGUUCUCACCACCAGUGGCUACGGUUAUCCCGCUAUUCUUGUCUACAGUGGCAUCACCUACUGGGGAUCUCUUAUUUACAUCAGUGCUGGAUCUCUGUCGAUUGCUGCACAGUAUAAACAUAAUUUGUGUUUGAUGAAGGCCUCUCUUGGAAUAAAUGUGUUCGGUGCCAUAACUGCAGGAAUCAGCAUUCUUCUGAUGUCCAUACAAAUAUGCAUAUUAUCUACAAUGGAUCCAAGUUUAUACAUUGAGUAUUUCAUGUUGCGGAUCAUUGGAAUAAUGCUGGUGUUCACCAUUCCCCAGUUCUAUAUCUCCGUCUAUAUCUCAUCAUUUGCAUGCAAAGCCACCUGUAACAGGGACUCUACAGUGGUCAGUGUGGCACUGAACUAGUCACAAAGAAGAUCCUACCAUCCAAAGGCUGCAAGGGGUUAACAUCACAUUUUGUUGUUGCCUAUUGACAAAAAUACAACAGAUAUAUACAGUUAAUUUUUGAAUUGUGUGAUAUACAUUGAAAUAUUGGGCUAUACGGUGGCACAGUGGGUAGCUCGUUCACCUCACAACAAGAAGUUCGCUGGUUCAAGCCUCGGCUGGGUCAGUUGGUGUUUCUGUGUUGAGUGCGCAGGAUCUCCCCGUGUUCGCGUGGGUUUCCUGCGGGUGCUCUGGUUUCUCCCACAAGUCCAAAGACAUCUGGUAUAGGUGAAUUGAGUAGGCUAAAUUGUCCUUAGUGUAUGUAUGUGAAUGAGUGAUGGGUUGCAGCUGGAAGAGCAUCCGCUGCGUAAUACAUACGCUGGAUAAGUUGGUGGUUCAUUCCGCUGUGGAGACCCCAGAUUAAUAAACGGAAUAAGCUGAAAAUAAAAUAAAUGAAUGAACUUUGAAAUAUUGCCCUUUAUCAAUAUUUG